AUGGACCAUAAAUGCCCUGAGACUCACUGGAAGAACAGCCAAGUGGCCACGCCCAUAAAGUUCAAGUCCAGGGUGCGGGCUGUGUGGGUGGAGGAAACAGACGCACGGGAGAGACACUGUCUCAAAAAAGAAAAAUGGAGAGUCACUGAAGACCCCUCAUGUGGACCUCUGGUGUCCACAUACAUUGAUCAUAUCACAGGUACACAUACACACCACAUCACACACACACACACACACACACACACCACAUCACACACACACAUACACAUAUACCAUAUCACAUACACACACACACAUACACAUAUAUCACAACACAUACACACACCACAUCACACACACUUACCACAUCACACAUACACAUACAUAUCAUAUAUACACACACAUCACACACACAUACACAUAUACCACAUCACACACACCACAUCACACACACAGCACAUCACACAUACACACCAUAUCACACAUACACACACCAUAUCACACACACACCAUAUCACACAUACACACAUAUCACAUACACACACAUCAUAUACAUAUCACAUAUACACAACACAUCACACACACAUACACAUAUACUACAUCACAUACACCACAUCACACACACACCACAUACCAAACAGACACACAUACACACAUAUUAUAUCAUAUACUCAUACACACAAACACAUACCACACACACACUAUAUCACAUAUACAUACUAUAUCAUAUGCACACACCACAUCACACACACAUACACAUAUACCAUAUCACAUACACACACCACAUCACACACACACCACAUCACACAUACAUAUACACACAUCCAUACACACAUCACAUCAUAUACUCAUACACACAUACACAUACUAUAUAUCACAUAUACAUACUAUAUCAUAUGCACACACACAUAUACCCCUACCCAUACACACCACAUCACACACACCACAUCAUAUACUCAUAUACACACACACCACACACACACUAUAUCAUAUACACAUACAUACAUACCAUACACACAAACAUCAUAUCAAUACACACUACAUCACAUACACAUACACACAUGUGCACCUAAAUACACACAUGUACUCACAAAAAUUAUACUCCAAUUUAAACACACAUCUCAUACACAGAGAGAAAGAGAGAGAGAGAGAGAGAGAGAGAGAGAGAGAGAGAGAGAGAGAGAGAACACCAUGGAGGAGGGAAGCCUGCGGCACUGUUGACUGACAGACUUAGGACUUUCACAGAAGCUGGAACAUGGAGAGUGGGUUGCUGAAGGAUGUGUACAAGUUUCCCUAGGACCAGUGAACCACAGACACAGCAUCUCAAAGGCGGGAGAGAGAGCCCAGCCUGUUGUUGAAAGCUCUGUGGCGCACUAAUUAGUCACACCCUGCCUGUCUGUCUGUCCCACCCAGCAUGCACUGCCACGAUUCCUAUAGCUUCAUCCUCUCUCCCUCUUCCUUGGCAUCAGCUCAGUGGCUGGCACAUGUGUCUUUGAUGUGGAGGCAGGCUUGGGGUCAGCCAGGCUCACUCUGGAGUCAGAGAGAUCCAAGCACUCCCAGCCCAAAAUAGAGACCUCUACACAUGGGGAAGGCUACAGAGAAGGCACAGGAAUAGGUGCAGGGGUUCUGGCCUCAGAACAUGCAGCAGCAGCAUUCCCCUGGCAGGCUUAUGGUCCACCAGGGAUGGAAGAUUCCUUCUCCAGUGGGGCCAGGAAGGAGAUUUGGUAAGGCUCUCUAGAAUGCAGCAUCCGAGGACAGUGCCCAGCUGCCUUCCUGCUUGGCCACUGGCCGUCAUUUUCCUUUACAUCAGUGGGAGAGGAGAGGCCAUGUAUGUUGCUUCAGGCUGAGAUCAACUGGAAGAUGUCAGACUAGAAAAAUACCAUGAACAUUAGCCAGUUACAGUGGCCUUAGGGUAACUCCCCUCAGGAAGGUCCUCCGGCCCCAGUGGACCAAAGGCCCUGUGAGACGCAUGCCAUGCCUCACCUGCAUCCUCUCCCCCAGUCUCCCUGGAACACCUUCAGUCAGAGGUGGUUAGCCUGGUGCCCUGUUAACUGAGAGACACAUUGCAGAGUCAGCCCAAGUCUGCGCCUGCCCACGUCUCAGAGUCACUUUCCCUGCCGACAGCUUGCCGUCUACCUCUACCAAAUUUCCAUGAUGGAAGUGGAGCCGUGCCUCACCAGACUUCUAUGCUGCCGCCAUCAAAGGGACCGGCUCAUCUCCGGAAGACCUCUGCCCUGGGACAGCACCCUGGAACCCCAUCUUGCAUAUGAUCAGGCAAAAGGCCUUUGAGCCUUUUCUUCGGCAGCUCCCACAGACCCUACCACCCUGGAGAACACCUUGUGUUGUGAUAAUCCUGCUCACCCCGACAGACUGGGACGGACCCAAGCAGGAAUCAUAAUCCCAAGGCGAAUAAAGCAGCAAGUGACGCUCCUUCCCAGGGCAGCAAGUAACAACUCCUCCUCCCCCACCAAACUCCAGGAACCCUGUCCAAAGCAGAUGCACGUGAUCCUCAAAGCAGGGCUCCGCCCAACCGACCUGCUGAGGGCUACCAUUCACAGCCCACCCAGCCUGCGGGGAGAUUUCGUUCUUCCAUAAAAGGAGGUCCAUUUGCCAAGGGAACCUUCCAAUCAG